UACAAAAAUACCUUGUAUUAAUUGGUGUUAUGGAUAUAUAUUGUUGAUUUGCAUUGUUCAUUUGAUUGGCAUGAAACAGAAAUGGACUCUUCUAGCUCUCAGCCUGAAAACAAGACUGGAAAAACAAAUAUGAGUUGGACACAGGAUAUUGAUAAUUUACUCAUUGACACACUUGCUGAGCAGGUCAACCUUGGAAACAAGGUUGACAAAAAUUUCAAAUCACCGACUUACACUGCAGCAGCACGUGCUAUUAGUACUAAGUUUUCAAUUGAAUGUACUCAAGGAUACAUACGAAAUAGGCUGAAAACAAUCAAGCAGAAUUUUGUAAUAUUAAAAAACCUUUUGAAUCAAAGUGGUUUUGCGUGGAAUGAUUCAACCAAGACAAUAGAUGCAACACCUGAUGUUUGGGCUACAUAUAUUGAGGCACAUCCAGAGGCAAAGCAGUUUAGAUGAAAAAGCAUUCCAAACUAUGACCAAUUGGCAUUAGUAUGUGGAAAUGAUCAAGUGACUAGAAAUGGUGCCUUUACAACCAAGGAGCUAAAUAAGCAAGGUGCAAUUUCUGCAACUGCCACUAGUGCAACACCGAAUGUUGAGCAUGUGUUUGAUGACAUUGAUGAGACUGAGAAUUCUGGAGAUCCUAACCUUCAAACAAAGCCGGUGGAGGGAAAUAGUUUUGCAGAAGGAAGAGUUUUAGGAAAACGGAAAUCAUAUGCUGCAAUUGUUGCUAAACAAGUGCAAAACAUUGCUACACAUCUUGGGAAACUUGCAUCUGCAGUUGAAAGAGGGUUUGGUUUAUUUAGCAAGGAAAAGGUGUAUGCCGAUGUUAUGAGCAUAGAAGGAUGUUCAGUGGCAUUUUUUAUGAAAGCAUAUGACUUCUUAGCUGAGUCUGAGAGUCGAGUUAUGACAUUUUACGGAGUGGAGCCAAAUUUGAGGAAGGCAUGGCUUCAAAUGAAGUUAGGGCCUCCAUAUUGAAGGGAUGGAUAAAAGACUUAAACUAUAACUCACAUUUAUUAACAAACUAGGUACUAAUUAUAUAUGACAAAAACUUGUUUUGAUGGUUGAGCCUUUGCGUCCAUUUUGUAUAUUUUUUGGGGAUGCAUUGGCAAUUUGAUUGUUGUCCCUUUUUUUUGCGAUGGUCAAUCUACUUGUAUUAGGUGGAAUGAAUGGUUAAAUUUUACCACAAAUGGAUUUUUUGGUAUAUGGAUGAUUAUAACUACAUGGAAUGAAUAGGCUGAACUAUUGGCAUUGAUGAACUAAUUACAGGUUAAAGACAAAUUCAAAUGAUUUAUUGAUGUAUGUAUGACUUUUUGAAUGAAAUAUGUUAUUGAA